UAAUUCAAGUAUCAGAAUGAAAUUUACUGAAAAGUUUAAAGUGUUAUGAAUGUAUUCAUCCUUCCCUCUAUAUAGAGGGACACUUAUCCCUUUAUACCCACAUCAGGCAAACAUAGAGCAAUAAGAGAAAAGUAAUUAAGAACAUGAGCAAAGAUAGUAUUCACGUUGUAAUGGUGCCAUGGUUAGCAUUUGGUCACGUUCUGCCUUUUUUCCAACUCUCCAUAGGCUUAGCCAAAGAAGGAGUUCAUGUUUCUUUCAUUUCCACUCCUAGAAACAUUAAGAGACUUCCUAAAGUUCCCCCUAACUUAGCACCAUCAGUAAAUCUAGUAGAAUUUCCAUUGCCAGCACUUGAUAGUAACCUUUUGCCCGAAGAUGCCGAGGCAACUUUGGAUAUUCCUUCCGAUAAAGUUCAGUACUUAAUGGUAGCUUAUGAUCUUCUUAAGCAGCCCAUCAAACACUUCAUUACCCGUGAAAAACCUGAUUGGAUCAUCGUCGAUUUUAGCCCCUAUUGGGUAGCUGAGAUCGCUCGAGAUCUUGAUAUCCCCAUACUUCAAUUUAGUGUGUUUACUGCUGCUACCCUACAAUUUUUCGGGCAGCUUGAUUCCGGUCAUGAGGUUCAGAAAAAAGAAUCUAAGCCAUUGCAUGAACUUCUCCUAUCACCACCACAAUGUGGGGAUUUCCAAUCAACCGUUGCUUACAAAAAGUACGAAGUCGCGGAACUAUUUGCUGCAAUUGCUGCAGAGAAUGCUUCGGGAAAAUCAUCUAUGGAACGCGAAGCUAUAGUGGGAAAUGCUAGUAGAGCUAUGGCUCUACGUACAUGUGCUGAAUUUGAAAGUGAAUACUUGGUACAACCUAGAAACUACAAAAAGCCAUUGAUUCCUGUCGGAUUGCUACUACCGGAAGAAUUACCGGUGGAUGAAAGAACUCUUGCUUGUCAACCAAAUUGGAAGAAGAUCUCCAAGUGGCUCGACGAACAAAAGCCAAGGUCGGUGGUAUUUGUGGGAUUCGGAAGCGAAUGCAAGUUUAGCAAGAAUCAAGUACAUGAAAUAGCAAAGGGGAUACAACUAUCAGGACUACCGUUUAUGUUGAUACUACAGAAGCCCCGUUGGGCUUUAAACGACAUUGAUGCUUUGCCGUCGGGUUUUAUUGCCGCAACGGAGGGGAGAGGGUUGGUGCACAUUGGUUGGGCACCACAGAAGGAAAUUCUUGCACAUCCGUCUAUUGGAGGAUCCCUCUUUCAUGCAGGAUGGGGUUCAGCCAUUGAAACUUUACAGCAUGGUCAUGUUCUUGUGGUGUUGCCUUUUGUUUUCGACCAGGGAUUGAAUGCAAGAUUGUUAGUAGAAAAAGGUGUGGCGAUUGAAGUGAAGAGGAACGAAGAAGAUGGAUCGUUUAGCGGAAAUGACAUAGCAAUGUCAUUAAGAGAAGCGAUGGUUUUAAAGGAAGGAGAAGAGCUUAGAGCUAGAGCAAGAAAGGUUGCUGCUAUUUUUGGAGAUCGGAAGCUUCAUGAUUCCUACGUCAAAAACGUUGUUGAGUAUCUGAAAAGUAAUGGUGAAAUGAAGGUUUAGUCAUCAACCAACAAACUAAUGUGUCUUUUAGAAUAUUCCAUUAUUAGGUGUAUAGCAUUUAUGCUAUCUAGGUGCAUGUCGUUAACUAAGUUUUUAUCGUGGCUAUGUUCGUAGUGUUUUUGUGAAUGUAUUUAAUAAGUGUGAGUGAACAAGUGUCCAUUAGGCGAUUGUGCUCUGUAAGAGUAGAGUUCACUCAAACACCUCCCUGUAAUGUGUUCUGUAAGAGGAGAGUUUCUCAUGAAAUGAGCUCAAUGUCUAUCACUUAAUUUAAACGA